ACAGGAGGGAGGGUCGACCCUCUGCUGCAUAAAUACUGAGCCCUGCUGGACCCAGGAGGAGGAAGAAGGAACAGAGGAGAGUUCCUGCGAUGGCCGACCCCAGCACUUUCAUCGUCGACGUGGACCUGAGAAGCCAUGAGAACAACUUGGCUCACCGCACCAGGGAGAUCGACCGGGAGCGCUUGAUUGUCCGCAGAGGGCAGCCCUUCUCCAUAACCGUGCAGUGCUCCGACUCUCUGCCCCCCAGACACCAGCUGGAGCUCGUCCUGCACCUGGGUAAAAGAGACGAGGUGGUGGUUAAGGUUCAGAAGCAGCGGGGGGCCGGAGACAGCUGGUGGUUUGACCAACAGGAGGCUCAGGGGGAAAUACUGCUGACUCUGCAGAGCCCAGCAGACGCCAUCAUUGGACAGUACCGCCUGGUCGUGCUGCUGAUGUCACCGGAUGGACGCAUCGUGGAGAAAGUGGACGAAAUGAGCUUCCACGUAUUGUUUAACCCGUGGUGUAAAGAUGAUGUUGUGUACCUGCCUGAUGAGAGACUGCUUCAUGAAUACAUCAUGAACGAAGACGGAGUCAUAUUCAUGGAUACCUGGGAUUACAUCAAAAGCAUUCCCUGGAGUUACGGACAGUUUGAGGACUUUGUGAUGGACAUUUGUUUUGAAGUCCUGGAUAAUUCCAAGGAGGCUCUGCGCAACUCAAAGAUGGACAUUGGGAGCAGAUCUGAUCCUAUCUACGUCAGCAGGAUGGUCACCGCAAUGGUGAAUGCCAACGGUGACAGGGGCGUGCUGAUGGGGCGCUGGAGGGCACCGUACCUGGAUGGAGUCGCACCAAAUCGAUGGACGGGCAGCGUGCCCAUCCUCAGGCAGUGGAGCAAAUCCGGCAUCAAAGCAGUCAAAUACGGCCAGUGCUGGGUGUUUGCAGGUGUUGCAUGUACAGUUCUUCGCUGUCUGGGAAUCCCAACGCGCCUCAUAACCAACUUCUGCUCAGCCCAUGAUGUGGACGGGAAUCUCUCCUUGGACUUUGUGGUGGACUUUGAGAGCAGAGAGGAAAAGACAGACAGCAAAUGGAACUUCCACUGUUGGGUCGAGUCCUGGAUGAGGAGAGACGAUCUCCCCAAAGGAAAUGAUGGCUGGCAGGUUUUGGACCCCACACCUCAAGAACUGAGCGAUGGGGAGUUUUGCUGCGGUCCGUGUCCGGUGGCGGCUAUCAAGGAGGGAAAUCUGGGAGUGAAGUACGACGCUCCGUUUGUUUUUGCCGAGGUGAACGCUGACAUCGUCUACUGGAGGGUCCUACCAGGCGGCCAGAGGCAACAGAUCAGCGUGGACCAGAGAAACGUGGGAAGGAACAUCAGCACCAAAAGCGUUUAUGGCGACGUCAGAGAAGACGUCACUCUGCUCUACAAAUACCCUGAGGGGUCUGUGGAAGAGAGAGAGGUUUAUAAGAAGGCAAAGCGCAGGGCCACCCUGCAGCCCAAUGAGGGCGUAGAGCCGGCACAGCUCAGCCUGUCCAUCAGGCAUCCUAACCCCGUGUUUGGAACAGACUUUGAUGUGAUUGUUGAGGUGAAGAAUGAAGGAGGAGAUGAUGCUAACGUCCAGCUGACGGUGCACGCUAUGGCUGUCACUUACAACUCUCUCCACCAGGGGGAGUGCCAGAGGCAGAUGAACAACGUGACUGUGUCGGCUCACAACGCUCAUAAAGAAGUGCUGCGUUUCCGCUACGACGACUACGCCAAGUGUGUCUCUGACCAUCACCUGAUCAGGGUGAAAGCGCUGGCUGAAGCUCAGGGGAACAGUUUGCCCAUCAUGGCUGUGGCGGACAUCCCACUGAGCUUACCUGAGCUCCACAUUCAGGUUCUUGGGAAGGCUUUUGUUUGGGAACAGCUGACGGCUUUCAUCUCCUUCACCAAUCCUCUGCCAGUCCCUCUGACUGGUGGCGUGUUCACCCUGGAGGGGGCUGGCCUGCUGUCUGACACUCACAUCUACGUCGACGGUGUUAUUUCUCCAGGCCAGAAGGUGUCGGUGAAAAUCGCCUUCACGCCGAUGAGAACGGGGGUCAGGAAGCUGCUGGUGGACUUCGACUCCGACAGGCUGAAGGACGUCAAGGGAGUCGCCUCUGUGGUUGUUAGAAAGAAAUACAGGAACACCCUGCCUGUGUUGAGUGGAAGGUUUUAGGAAAUGUGUCUAAUAUUGGGAGACCUAUAAAGACUUUACCAUCCAACAUUUAAUGCUUACACUUGGUUUGUAUUGUGACUGUUUUUCAGUUGAACCCAGGAUGGAAAAGACGUCUGCAAUGGGCCAUGAAAUCCAUAUUCUGACUUUGAAAAUCCAAUAUGGCUGAUGUGCAUUUAUUCACAAAGAGUGUUGCAGUAAAAACUGUUGUAUGCACUCUACAUGGUUUUUAUCCCCAUAUAUCAGACAAAACUCUAUGAAAUGUACCUGUGAAUUUCUUCCUUUAGUGUUUGGAUGCAAUAAAUGUACUAAAAUGAGUUAGCCACCUUUAGGAAAUCCAGCUGGUUUUAAGUUUUUCUCUCACCAUGAGUUCCUGAGUUUGGUCCAUAUCAGCUUCUUUUUCAGGCUCCUUAUCUGGGUCAGGCAGUCUCUGUCACUCUGCUCCAGUGCUUUUCUUGGCCGCUCAGAAAUGUGUCACUUUUCCCAGCCCACUGAUGGAGAGAUGCCACAGGCUUCACAGGACUAGAGGACAGGUUGGACUGAUGUUCAGCUUGCUUAAAUAAAUCCUGCUGCUUCAUUAAGAGAAAUUAAACUCAAUUUAAAGUUGUUACAGCAGAAUAAAUAUCUGAAAAGAAGGAGCCAUCAUCUCUGCAUCUACUUAAAUGGCUGCAGUUGUCGUUCAGUUAUGCAACCACUGGGGGGCAGCACUCCACUUCCAUUGGUUUCUUAACAUUUUAGCUGCUAAAUGACAUAAUUUUGAUCACAAAUGUUCACAAAUAUAUAAGUUAUGUCCACGUGAGCAUCAUUAACAGAGGACAAUCAAAUCAUGAGGAUCUGGGGGUAAUAUAUCCCUGCUCUUUUACAUUUGCAUAAAAAAUCACAUUUAAACUAGAAAAUCAAUUAUAUUUCAUAUGCUAAACAUGUAUGUUGCAAAAACAUGGUAAAAAAUGAUAAAGAAUGCCUUUAGCAUAAUCUGUUAAAGAAUCAGUCAAAACAACAAGACAUUUGUUUAGGCCAAAGUAUCUGCAUUCAGAUACAACAAUGUUACUCAUUAUUGGUAACAGAAACCUUUAAACUGUAUCGAAGAACAUCAGUUCAGCCUGAGGAGGUUCACAUUGUGUUGGAAAGUCAUGAAUCAGCGCAACUAUUUUGUUAUUUAAGAUGGAAGAACUGGAGAUUUCUCUGUAGCACCGAGUUUCUUCAGUCUGCUAUAGUGAAAAAUCCCAAAAUGUGGCUUUUUCUAGUUACUCUGGAUCUUUGUGUUCUGAAAAAUGUUCAGUUGUGGUUCCAUUAUUAUUGUGUUUCUUCUGUUCACCCAAAGCCAAUAAAAAAAAUCCAUCACCUA